AUGGCUUCCCCUGCCCAGGAGCUGUCUGCCGCCCAGAAGCUGGCCCAGGAACAUGCUGCCGAGGGUCACCAUGUCACCAUCGAGGACGUCCCCGAUGACGACCUGAAGCCCCACGAUGCCUCUGCCGAAGCCACCGAGCCUGCUGCCCUGUCCGCAAAGGCAGCUGGAAAGCAGAAGGAGACAGCCCCUGCUGCCCGCACCCUCGACACCCAGUCUCGAGAGCUGUUCCCCGACCUUGGCGGCCCCAAGUCCCAGCCCACUGCGAAGACUGCUCCCAAGUGGAACGUCCUCUCCGACAAGACAAACGGCCACAACCCCGCCAACGGCACCCCCCGAGCUGCUACUCCUUCCUCCGGCGCAGCCACCCCUACUGCAAAGUCCGCUGUUCCCCUCGUCUCCAUCCCUGGCCGGAAGAACAUCGAGACCAUCCGCCUGCGCCCUGAGCACAUGAAGGGCCGAGACCAGCUGAGGCGUCCUCUUCCCGACAUCAUCAAGGACCUCAACCGCACCUCUCGCGCCAACAUCUCCAUUGGAAACACCAACUCGAGUGGAACUGCUUUUGAGGCCACUGGUCCCCAGGACGCUGCCCAGCGGGCCCUCAAGGAACUUGUUAAGCAGAUUGGCACUCCCCAAUCUAUCACGGUUCCCAUCCCCCAGUCUGCGCGUGCCCAUGUCAUCGGAAAGCAAGGUUCUACUAUCAAGUCCCUGCAAGAGAAGACCGGAGCUCGUAUCGAGGUUCCCAAGGACGACAAGAACAGCGCACCUGUCGACGAACUCGAUGACGACGUCUAUAUCAAUGUGAAGAUCGAGGGAAACACCAUCUCUGCUGCCCAAGCGAAGCAAGAGAUCGAAAGGAUCGUCGGCGAGCGGGCCGCCAAGGUCAACACCAAGUUGAAGGGAAUCCCUGCCGAGUUCUAUCCCUUCAUUGCGAGCUCCAGGGAAGACCUGCUCAGCAAGCCCAAUGUUGGCAGUGGAGCGCAGAUCCGCAUCCCGCCUCACCGCACUUGGUCAUCCCAGGCCACCACUGCUGCACCUGGGCCUGGCCAGCGCCCAGUUUUCCAGCCUGCCGCCGACCACCACAUCCAGCUGGAGGGCGAGCGCGCCGCUGUACUGGCUCUCAAGGCAGAGAUUGAGCGUCGUGCCGCCGAGCUCCGCGAACAACUACUUCUGCAGCAGCUCGAGAUUCAGCGUGGUCGUCACCAGUUCAUCAUUGGCGAGUCGGCGCUGUCACCCGAGGAGUUCUUCGAUCAGACAGGGUGUGCCAUCAUUCUGCCAACUGACGAAGACGAUGAUGCCAUCACCAUCGUUGGUCCCGCAGACCAAAUCGCUGAGGGUUUGGAGAAGGCAGAGCAGUUGGCGAUGAGCAUGCAGAUGAACAACGUUGACCACCUUAAGUGGACCAACAAGCAGGCCCCUGGUCAAGGUGCAGUGCACUCCAAGAAUGUCACGCGCUACCUUCGGCAGCGCAGGGAGAUUGACCGCCUGGAGAAGCAGUACCAUGCUCACAUCAACACUCCGUUCUCUGGGGAUGGCGCCCUUCCCUGGGAGCUCUACAUUCCUCAGGGCCAAAAGCUGGCUGCGGCUUCCUCUGAUAUCAGGAGUCUUUUCGAAAGCCACCCGCCCUCAAGGUUCAGCGCCUUGGGCCAGAGCGAAGUUGACCCAUUCUACUACCCUUACAUGCAGAAUGAAAUCAGACCCCAUGUUCGGGAGCACUACGGUGUCCAGGUGGUCAUCCCCGAUCCGUCUGACCCUGGCAGCCCCAUCCUCCUCGUCUACGAGGCUCCAGGUCCGGCCAGCAACUCCUAUGAGAUUCCCCGCGCAGCACCAUCUCAAGAGGAUGUACGGAAGUUCCAGCAGGGUUUGAACGAUGCCCGGAAGCACAUCCAGAGCCUCUUGAACCAGCAAGAGGAGAUUGUGGCCGAGACCGUCGAAGUGCCCCACAAAUUCCACGACAAGCUGAAGAAAUUCAUCGCAAAGGAGCAGGACAAGCGACCAGCCAACCAGCCAAGGAUUCGAGUUAGCCAACUGGGUCUGAACGUCACACUGCGCGGUCCGGCCUCAGCUGUCAAGAACCUUGCUGCCAAGGUACGAGCCUUCGUCGAGCAGGAGAAGGCUGACGAGAAAGAACGUGAUUUCACUCUGGAAUUUGACUUCCCCCAGAAGUUCGCCAACCAUCUCAUUGGCAAGGGUGGUAGCAACAUCAAGGAGCUUCGUGACAAAUUCGAUGUCGAUAUCCAGGUUGAAAACGGCCAGGUCCAGCUCAAGGGACCCAAGGCCAAGGCCGCUGCUGCGCGGUCACACAUCGAGUCUCUUGGCAAGAGCUGGGCAGAUGAGACCACGAUGCGACUCCAAGUUGAUCCCAAGUUCCAUCGCGAAUUGAUCGGAGCUCAGGGCAGUGAGAUCAACAAGCUGCAGAACCGGUACAAGGUUCUUAUAUUCUUCCCUCGUGGCGAGAAGGCCAGCAAGGAUGACGAGGCCCAUGCCGAUGCAGGUGAUGAAGCAGGAAAAAACCGCCGCCAACAAGCUGCGGAUGAAGUUAUCAUUCGGGGCCCAAGCAAGGGCGUUUCAGAGGCCUACGAUGAGCUGAAGGAGUUGGUCACUUGGUUGAAGACGAACUCUUUCACAGCAACAGUGACUGUCCAGCGGAAGCAGCUGCCAUCCUUGAUUGGGCAAGCUGGCACUGCAAUGGAGGCUAUCCGCCAGCAGACCGAGACGAAGAUUGACGUGCCAAACGACAGAGACUCUACUGACUCUGUCGUGGAGAUCCAAAUCAAGGGCAAGAAGGACAACGUCCAAAAGGCCAAGAAAAUUCUUGAGGACAAGAAGGCCGUAUUUGACGACACUGUCGUCAAGACCAUCGACGUGGAGAGGAAGUACCACAGGGCCCUCAUCGGUGCUCAAGGCUCAAACCUGCGAAGCAUGAUUCUUGAAGCCGGCGGUUCCGACGAACCACGUGAGAGGGCUAGAAUUAUCCAGUUUCCGAAGCAGGAAGCCGACGGCAACACCAUCAAGCUCGAGGGUCGCACUGAUGUGGUUGAAAAGCUUAUCAAGCAGAUUGAGGCCUUCGUAGCCCACCGCGAGAGCCAGGUCACGACCACAGUCGAUGUGCCAACCGAGAAGCACAGGUCGCUGAUCGGCCGUGGGGGUGACGCCAAGAAGCAGAUAGAGUCGCAGUUCAAGGUCUCGAUCGACAUUCCCAGGCAAGGAAGCGGUGAGACGGCCGUCAAGAUCACCGGCCAAGAGGCCGACGUCGAGAAAGCCAAGGAGCACAUUGUCAACUUGACCAAGGAGAAGCCAGCGGAAACCAUCCAAGUUCCUCGAAGUGUUCACCAGGCCAUCUCGAAUGGCGGACAAUUUUUCCGCAAGCUGAGGAACGACUUCCACGUCACAGUCGAUCAUGCCGGCCAGACACCCCCACCCAAGAUCACUGCCGCUCCUCGCGCCAAUGGAGGCGCGCUGCCGCUCAUCACCGAUGACGAAGCCUCCGCUGACGAUGUCCACUCCUGGAACGUCGUUGAAAGCACCUCGAGCGAGGAGGGCGAUAUCCCUUGGGUUCUCAAGGGCUCUCCUGAGAAAAUUGAGAAGGCGAAGAAGGCCAUCACCACGGCCAUGGAGCAAGCCCAGAACAAUGUUACUGGCUACCUGGUCCUGCCUGACCCCAAGACGUACCGUCAUGUCAUUGGACAGGGCGGCAGCAAGGUGAACUCGAUCCGCAAGCAGAGUGGUUGCAAGAUCAACGUGCCGCGUGACCAGGGCGAGGCCAUCGAGGUUAUCGGCACCAAGGAGGGAGUUGAGAAGGCCAAGGACCUGAUUCUGGCUGCUGUGCGUGACGGUGUCAAUGGUUCCAGGGCCAGGGAGUAG